AUGGAGCUGUCAACGCCGGACGACGGGAGCGGAGGGUGGCGACCGAGGUGGAGGCGGAUGGUCCGUGGGGUCUCGAGGACACCGAGCUGGGUGAUACUGCCGCUGGUGGCACUCGUCUACUUGACCAGUACAAUCCACGCCGAGUCAUUAUUAGGAAUAGGUGGCAGUAUAUUUAGUAAUGAAACAGACGUGCCAUGUCCGUUCGGAACGUUCAAGUGCCCCGAGGGAAAGUGUAUACCGCAGACAUCGGUCUGCAACUAUCAGAAGGACUGCGAUAAAGGCGAGGACGAGCUGAACCAUUGUCCACCGCCUGAAUGUGAGCCGGGACAGAUCAGCUGCGGACAGUACGUGUUUAACAAGACGUACUGCAUUCCACCGCACUACAAGUGCGACAUGACGAUCGACUGUGUCGACGGUACGGACGAGUCUGACUGCACGUACCGUAAGUGCCAACCGGACGAUAUCCGUUGCGGUGCACCCUCGUUGGGCGUGUCGUUGAAUGGGCGCGUUGCUGAGAUCUGUGUGCCGAAGGAGAAGCGCUGCGACGGCUAUCUGGACUGCCGGACGGGCAAGGACGAGGAAGGAUGUACCGGGACGGCCUGCCGACUCGACCAGUUCCGCUGUGCGAAUGGUGUGCGGUGUAUCGAUACGGCCCUCAAGUGCAACCACAAGAACGACUGUGGUGACAACUCGGACGAAGUGGGUUGCAAUUUCCCACCCUGCCACGGUGGUCAGUUCCGGUGCGCGAAUGCGCUUUGCAUACCGGCGACGUUUCACUGCGACGGCUACCAUGACUGUUCGGACGAGAGUGAUGAGGCGAACUGUACAGCGGUCCCCUGCCCGGACAACAAGUUCCUGUGCCCGAGAGGUGGCCAGAAUGGGGUGGCAAAGUGCAUCUUAAAGUCGAAGCUGUGCGAUGGUAAACGGGACUGCGAGGAUGGAACAGAUGAGGAAACGGCCUGCUCAACAACGUCAUGUCCAGCAUUGGGCUGUGAGCAUAAGUGUGGACCAUCGUUAACGGGUGGAGUGUGUUACUGCCCGGUGGGGCGUACACUGUCCCCGGACAAUCGUACCUGCGCUGAUCUGGACGAGUGUACGGUGUGGGGCCACUGCGAUCAGCUCUGCACCAAUACGGACGGAUCGUUCUCGUGCGCGUGCGCCACCGGUUACACGCUGAUGGAGAAGACGCGGUGUGUCGCACCGACCGCCUCCAGCCUGGAGCUGUUCUUCGCCUACGACCGUGCGAUACUGCGCAUGAGUGCGCACGGGCAAGAUCCCCGCAUCAUCGCGAACGCAACCGGCGCCAGCGGGCUGUCCUACCAUUACGCGAAGAAUCUCCUGUACUGGUCCGACAUUAAGACGCGCAAGGUGCAGUCCCAGGUGCUGGUGGAUGGGGGUUUCGGUGGGCACGAUUUCUCGCUCCCCGGUACGUGGGCACCGGUCGCGAUCGCUAUCGAUUGGGUAGGCGACAAGCUGUACGUGGCGGAUCUGGUUGGCCAGAAGGUGGAUGUUUUCGAGCUGGACGGACGCUGGCAUGCGGUCGUGCUCGGUUCGAACCUGACCAGCCCGGCCGAUCUGGCCCUCGACCCCACGGCCGGACUGAUGUUCGUGGCGGACGGUAGCCACGUGCUGCGCGCCCACAUGGACGGUACGCACGCGAAAUCGAUCGUCUCGGAGGCCGCGUACAAGGCGUCCGGUGUCGCGGUGGAUGUGAUCGCACGGCGCGUGUUCUGGUGCGAUUCACUGCUCGACUACAUCGAGUCGGUCAGCUAUGAGGGUGAACGGCGCGUCAUGAUACUGCGCGGCCAGCAAGUACCGAGCCCGUCCCGGUUGGCACUGUUCGAGAACCGGGUGUUCUGGUCGGACGCGACCAAGCAGGGCAUCAUGUCGGUGGACCGGUUCGAGGGUACCAACAGCAUACAGUCGAUCUUCAAGGCGAAGGACAUCCGGGAACCGCGGGCCCUGAUUGCGGUACAUCCGCUCACGCAGCCGAAGGUGUCGAAUCCGUGCGGCAGCAACAACGGCGGCUGCUCGCAGAUGUGCGUCGUGACGGCGGUGCAGGGUGCACCGUCCGGGCUCGGGUAUCGGUGCGCCUGCCACACCGGCUGGCAGCUGUCCAAGGACCUGAUGAACUGUCACCUGGUGCGCCAGUUCCUGAUGUACUCGCAGCAACGCUUCAUCAAGGGCAAGGUGCUCGACCCGGUCAUUGAGGGCUUUAGCGAUGCGAUUCUGCCGGUGGUGUCGCGCCGGGCACGCUUCGUCGGGCUGGACUUCGAUGCGGUGGACGAACACAUCUACUACUCGGACGUACUGCAGGACGUCAUCUACCGGGUGCACCGCAACGGUACCGGGCGCGAGAUUGUGCUCGCAUCGCAGAACGAAGGCGUCGAGGGUCUGGCGGUCGAUUGGGUGUCGAAGAACCUGUACUACAUCGACAGCCGCAAGGGUACGCUGAACGUGCUGUCGACCCGCAAUACCAGCUACCGACGCACGCUGCUCAAAAAUCUGAAGCGCCCGCGUGCAAUUGUUGUCCACCCGAACCGGGGCUACAUCUACUUCUCCGAGUGGGACCGUCCGGCCAACAUUAGCCGCGCGAACGCGGACGGCAGUGGGCUGAUCGUGUUCCGCAAUCUCACCCUUGGCUGGCCGAACGGGUUGUCGAUUGAUUUCCGCGAGGAUCGCGUCUACUGGUGCGAUGCGUUGCUCGAUCACGUGCAGCACUCGAACCUGGACGGUACGGAUGUACGGACGGUUAACUCCCGCCUGAUCCGCCACCCGUUCUCGAUCGUCAUACACGAGGAGUGGAUGUACAUUACCGACUGGCGGCUCGAUGCGAUCGUGCGGCUGAACAAGCUGAACGGUGAGCAGGAGGAGAUAAUGGUGAGGGAACCGCAAACGAACCGGCUGUACGGUGUGAAGGUGUACAGCCACAGUGUGCAAAGUAUCGACCCGACCCAACCGUGUGGCGUGAAUAAUGGUGGCUGCGAGAAGCUGUGCUUUGCGCUGCCCCGCAACGAAACGGAAGAAUCGCCGACCGCUAGCCGGCUGGUGGUGAAGUGCGGCUGUCCGUACGGCGAGCGGCUCGGGGACGAUGGGCGCAGCUGUCUGUCCGAUCCGAACGCGGAACCACCGGUACAGGCGUGCCCGAACACGUGGGACUUUACCUGUAACAAUCAGCGCUGCAUCCCGAAAUCUUGGAUCUGUGACGGUGACGACGACUGUCUGGACAACUCGGACGAGGAACAGAACUGCACCAAACCAACAUGCGGUGCGAACGAGUUCCAGUGCAAAUCUGGACGGUGUAUCCCGCUCAACUUCCGGUGCGACCAGGAGAACGACUGCGGGGACCAUUCGGACGAGUUCGAGUGCGGCAAUGUGACAUGCGCCGCGUCGCAGUUUGCGUGCGAAAACGGUCGCUGCAUCCCGAACAUCUGGAAGUGUGACAGCGAGAACGACUGUGGUGACGGUUCGGACGAGGGUCCGUUCUGUGCGGAGAAGACGUGCGCCUACUUCCAGUUUACGUGCCCGAGGACGGGACACUGCAUACCGCAGAGCUGGGUGUGCGAUGGUGAUGACGAUUGCUUCGACAAGCAGGACGAGAAGGACUGUCCACCGAUCACGUGCCUGGCGAACCAGUUCAAGUGUGCGGAUCUGCGGCAGUGCGUGGAGGAGCCGUACAAGUGCGACGGCAUACCGGACUGUAACGACGGUAGCGAUGAGCUCGGCUGCCCGACGAUGGAGCCGAACCAGUGCAAUCUGGAGAAACACUUCCGCUGCCGGUCGUCGGGCGUUUGCAUCCCGAUCGCGUGGCGCUGCGACGGUUCGAACGAUUGUGACGACCAUUCGGAUGAGGAGGACUGCAGCAAGAUCACCUGCCCGAACUGGUACUACAAGUGUGCGAAUGCGAAGUGCGUGUUCAAGGCGUACAUCUGCGACGGGAAGGACGACUGUGGCGACGGGUCGGACGAGAGUGUGGAGCACGCUUGUGUGUCGCCGCCCCAGCGCUGUCCGCACGGUCAGUGGGCUUGUCCGGGCGUGACGGGCCGUUGCGUCAACAUGACGUCCGUGUGUGACGAUGUGCCCGACUGUCCGAACGGUGCGGACGAAGGGCUCGGGUGUGAUCUGGCCCAGUGCCAGCACCAGACCGGGCUCUGCUCGAACGGUUGCCAGAAGACGCCGCUCGGUGCGCUGUGCAUCUGUCCGCCGGGCGAAGAGCUCGCACCGGACAACUUCACCUGCAAGGACAUGAACGAGUGCGAUCCGCCGGGAGUAUGUUCGCAGCGCUGCACCAACACGAAGGGUUCGUACUUCUGCUCGUGCGUCGACGGGUACGUGCUGGAACCGAACAAGCACACCUGCAAGGCGGUGAACCACCCGGCCGCGUUCCUGAUCAUCUCGAACCGUCACUCCAUAUUGGUCGCCGACCUGAAGGAGCAGGGUCUCGAGCGGGUGCCGAUCAUCGUGGAGAACGUCGUCGCGACCGCAUCGAACAUGCACACCGGCACCAUCUUCUGGAGCGACAUGAAGCUCAAGAAGAUUUCCCGCCUGGAUCGGGGUCUCGAACCGCAGGAGAUCAUCUCCACCGGGUUGGAUCUGGUGGAAGGGCUGGCGUACGACUGGAUCGGCCAGAACCUUUACUGGCUCGACAGUAAGCUCAAUACGAUCGAAGUUGCGCACGAAAAUGGUUCGAACCGAUUGGUGCUGGUGCGUGAAAACAUUACCCAACCGCGUGGCAUGUGUCUCGACCCGAGCCCGAACGCGAAAUGGUUGUUCUGGACGGAUUGGGGCGAGAACCCGCGCAUCGAACGUAUCGGCAUGGACGGUACGAUGCGCGAGACGAUCAUCAGCACGAAGAUUUACUGGCCAAACGGGUUAACGCUGGAUGUCGCCACGCAGCGCGUGUACUUCGCCGACUCAAAGCUAGACUUUAUCGACUUCUGCUACUAUAAUGGCAGCGGACGACAGCAGGUACUAGCCGCCAGCCACUAUCUGCUGCAUGCACACUCACUGUCACUGUUUGAGGACACCCUGUACUGGACGGACAGGCAGCUGAAUCGCGUACUGUCGGCGCACAAGUACCACGGCACGAACCAGACGGUCGUCAGUCAUCUCAUCUCGCAGCCACUCUCCGUGCACGUGCACCAUCCGUCUUUGCAGCCGCUGUACGAGAGUCCGUGCAAGAAGGCGUCCUGCCAGCACGUUUGCCUGCUGAGCCCAUCCGAUCCGGCCGGGUACACCUGCAAGUGUCGUCCGGGAUACAAGCUACUCUCCGAGGGUCGCUGUACGGAGGAGGAGAACGCCUUCAUCAUGCUGCUGAAGGGCAACCAGAUUGUGGACGUACCGUUUAAUGGGGGCGAUGCACGAUCGAGCGGACUGAUGCCGGUGGUGGGUAUCGAGGGUGGCAUCAGCCUGGACUACGAUCGCAAGGGCGAGAUGGUGUACUGGGUGCAGGGCCGGGACGAGUCGGACGACGAGAACUGCACGAUCUACGCGACACCGUACGGUGGUGGCAACAGGACGGAAUUCCUCGGUCCCGACUCGGGACUGGUCGGUGCAGCGUACACCAUUGCGUUCGACUGGAUCGGGCGCAACCUGUACGUGGGCAAUCGGCUAGCGUCGAACAUUGAGGCGAUCAGCGUGGACGGGAAGGUGCGGUACCGUACGGUCGUGCUGGCAAACGAUGGUAACCGCACGUCUGUGGCGAAGCCGAAACAGCUCGCACUGGAUCCCGCCGACGGUCGGCUGUUCUGGAUAGACGAGGGCGGAUUCGGCGUGCUGACGAAGGUCGCGUCCGCCGGUAUGGAUGGGUCGGAUCCACGCGUCCUCGACGACACGGUCCAGUUCCCCGAAUCGAUUACGGUCGAUGCGGAAAAGCGCCGCGUGUACUACAGCACCCGCCUGCCGCCGGCUGUCCUCUCGAUCGAGUACGACGGUACCGGGCAGCGAACGAUCCUGAGCGAGGAGAACGCAAUCUCCAAACCCCGUGCGCUGGCGGUGCUCGAGUCGCGCCUGUACUUCCUCGAUCCGACCUACGAAAAGCUCGCCCGCGUGGAUCUUCCGAAUGGCGACAACGCGAAGCUGAUUCUGGACAACGAACCGGAUCUGCGACAGAUGGUGAUAUACAGGAAGCGUUCGUCCCUGCAACAUCCCUGCACCAUGAACAACGGUGGAUGUGAGCACCUGUGCAUCCCGCACACGGGCUCGUCGCGUGUCUGUGCUUGCGGUGUCGGCUACAAGAAGGAGAACGAGGUUGCCUGCACGCCGUACAAAACGUUCGCCGUCGUGUCGCAGCUGGAUGUGACGCGCGGUUUCAGCCUGCGAGACAGCACCGAGGCAAUGGUGCCGAUCGCCGGCCCGGGCCAUCACAUCCUGCACGUGGACGUGCUGUACCGCGAGUCGUGGAUUUAUUGGGUGGAGUACAACCGGGGACACUGGAACGGUAUCUUCCGGGUGCGUCCGAACGGCACCGAGCUGCAGCACAUUAUCCGGGAAGGUAUCGGUAGUAACGGCAUUCGGGGCAUCGCCAUCGAUUGGGUAGCGGGCAAUAUGUACUUUACGAACGUGUUCCCGCACGAGAAUUACGUGGAGGUGGCGUGGCUGGAUGGGACGCACCGUAAGGUGCUGGUGAAGACAACGAACGAUGCACCGCGCGAACUCGCGGUCAAUCCGAUCAAGAGACUGCUGUACUGGAUCGAUUAUGGGCAGUAUCCGCGAAUCGGCAAGUGUUACCUGGACGGCUCGAACUGGACACCGGUGGUAACGUCGGGCAUUUCCAACCCACGGGAUCUGACCGUUGACAUGCUCACGCACGAUGUCUACUGGGUCGAUUCGAAGCUGGACAUGAUACAGAAGGUGUCGUACAGUGGUGGUCACCGUCAGGUGAUCCGCCGGAACCUUGCCAACCCGAUGGCCCUGGCCGUCUUCCUCACGGACGUUUACUGGGUGGACCGUAAUCUCGCGAGCGUGUUCCGUGCGUCCAAGUUCCCGGGUAACAGUACGCGACCGGAACGACUCCGCACCAAUCUGCCCAAGUUGCGCGACAUCACGAUCUACGACAUCAACAGUCAGCCGAUGGAUGACGCUAACCCGUGUCUGCGGUUGGGCAACGGUGGAUGCGACCAGCUCUGUUUCGCCCUGCCGCCUGACUACAACCAGAAGCCAAGCUUCCGGUGUGACUGUGCUGUUGGGCGCUUGGCCACCGAUGGGCGACACUGUGAGCUGACCGACGAGUACAUCAUCUUCGCAACGCGCACGGAAAUUCGAGCCAUCGAUCUGGAUCCGGCAUCGACGAACGUACCGUUCGCACCGGUGGUUAACCUCACCAACGUGGUCGGGCUUGACUUUGAUUACGCGGACAACAAGCUGUUCUUUACCCAGAUUCGUCCCUGGUCGAAGAUUGCCUGGCUGCGCGGGGACAAGCCGGACGCGACGGCCAUAACGCCGGUCAUUACGCGCGGUAUCAACCCGGAGGGUAUUGCGUACGAUUGGACGCAGCGCAAGAUUUACUGGACGGACAGCUCGAACAAUUCGAUCUACGCGAUGAACACGGACGGUACGGAGCUGGUGAUGAUAGCGCGUGUCGAGCGGCCUCGCGCAAUCGUGCUGGAUCCUUGCAACGGCACGCUGUACUUCACCGACUGGGGUCGCUUCGGUACGUCCGGUAAGAUCUUCCGCACGACAAUGGCCGGAUCGCUGAAACGGGCUAUUAUCGACCGGGACCUGUCGCAACCGUCCGGGCUGGCAAUUGAUUACGAAGAACGGAUGCUUUACUGGACGGAUGCGGUACGGGAGAAGAUUGAACGGUCGCAGCUGGAUGGCCGUAAUCGGGAGGUACUCAUCUCGGCCACCAUUUAUCCGUUCGCGAUCACCGUGUUCCGCAACUACAUCUACUGGACGGAUCUGCAGCUGCGGGGUGUGUACCGGGCGGAGAAGCACACCGGUGCCGGGGUGCAUGAGAUGGUGAAGCGCCUUGAGGAUUCCCCCCGUGACAUCCACAUCUACAGUGCGACUCGCCAGCAGUGUCAGGCGAACCCCUGCCUGCAGAACAAUGGUGGGUGUGCGCAGAGUUGCCACCCGGGCGCGAACGGUAAGCCCGAGUGCAAGUGUGACGACACGACGAAACCGGUCAACGAGGGACGGAUGUGUGCGCCGAAGAACCACACGUGCGACGCGAGCAAGUUCUACUGCCAGAACGGCAAGUGCAUCUCGCGCAUGUGGUCCUGCGAUGGUGAUGAUGACUGCGGGGACAGCUCGGACGAGGACGUCAACUACUGUGCGUUCCAUUCGUGCGCACCGAACGAGUUCCGGUGCGCGAACGGGCGUUGCAUCUUCAAGUCGUGGAAGUGCGACCACGAGAACGACUGUAAGGAUGGGUCGGACGAGGAGGGCUGUUCGUACCCGCCGUGCGUGGACGGGGAGUUUACGUGCGCGAACGGGCGGUGUAUACCGCAGGCGCAGGUCUGCAACGGUGUGAACGACUGCAAGGACAAUGCGACGUCGGACGAGACGCAUGAGCGGUGCCCGACCAACACCACCUGUCCGCAGAACCAUAUGAAGUGCGAAAAGACGAACAUCUGCGUGGAACCGUACUGGCUGUGCGAUGGUGACAACGACUGCGGCGACAACUCGGAUGAAAAUUCGCUCCACUGUGCGCAGCGCACCUGCCCGCAGAACAGCUUCCGGUGCCCGAACCAUCGCUGCAUACCGGCCACCUGGUACUGCGACGGCGACGACGACUGCGGGGACGGUGCGGAUGAACCACCGGAGUACUGCAAAUCGGAGGGGCGCACCUGCUUCGGCGAUCUGUUCACGUGCGACAACGGCAACUGCAUACCGCGCAUCUACAUCUGCGACGGCGAUAACGACUGUCUGGACAACUCGGACGAGGACAACCGGCAUCAGUGCAACGAUCGGAAGUGUGACGAAGACACGGAGUUCACCUGCCACGAGAAUAAGGCGUGGGCCCGGGCCCAGUGCAUACCGAAGAAGUGGAUCUGCGACGGUGAUCCGGACUGUGUGGACGGGGCGGAUGAGAACACGACCCUGCAGCACUGCCCAUCGCCGCAACCGUGCGGUGACGAUAUGUUCACCUGUGCCAACGGUCGCUGCAUCAAUCAGGGUUGGGUUUGUGACCAUGACAACGAUUGCGGGGAUGGUUCGGACGAGGGCAAGAGCUGCAACAGCCAGUACAAGACGUGCACGCCGCAGGAGUUCACUUGCCAGAAUUUCAAGUGCAUCCGGAACCAGUACCGCUGCGAUGGCGAGGAUGACUGUGGCGACCAUUCGGACGAGGUCGGUUGCAAGAAGGAGAACAGCACGUGUGCUGAGGGCAAGUUUACGUGCAACAACGGGCAGUGCAUCGACUACCAGCUGGUGUGCAACAAGGUGCCAGACUGCACGGACGAGUCGGACGAGCCGCUGCACUGCAACGUCGACGAGUGUGCCAAGGUGGAGAUCCAUCGGUGCGGUCACAAGUGUGUCGAUACGCUUACCAGCUACUACUGCGACUGCAACCAGGGCUAUAAAUUGCUGGAGGACGGUAAGGCGUGUGCGGACAUUGACGAGUGUAUUGAGACACCCGGUGUCUGUUCGCAGCACUGUUCCAACACACCCGGUGGUUACUACUGCAAGUGUGACGAGCGCUACUACGAGCGGCAAAACGAUGAGCACACGUGCAAGCGUAAGGACAGCACGGAACCGUGGUUGAUCUUCAGCAACAAGUACUACGUGCGCAACAUGUCCACCGAUGGCCAUCAGUACAACCUGAUCCAUCAGGACCUGAUGAAUGUGGUGGCGAUCGAUUUCGACAUGCAGGAGCAGGAGAUGUACUUCUGCGACGUGACGGCAAAGACGAUCUUCAAGUCCAACUUCGGCUCGCUGGCGGAGGACGGUGUGCGCAUCGAAAAAACACCGGUGAUCAAGCACGACUCGCACGGGCUGGAGGGUAUCGCGAUUGAUUGGGUCGGACGGAAGCUGUACUGGUUGGAUCGCCAUUCGAAGAAUCUGGACGUGGCGGAGCUGGACGGUACGCGUCGCAAGACGCUGCGUUCGGGCGUGGUGGAUCCGCGAGCGAUCGUCGUACAUCCGGGCAUUGGCUAUCUGUACUUCACGUCCUGGCAUCUGCAGGCGUACAUCGCGAAGAUGGGCAUGGAUGGGUCCAACUUUACCCGCAUUCUGACGUGGGAAAAUGACAUUGCCUGGCCGAAUGCACUAACAAUCGACUACUUCACGGACCGCAUCUACUGGGCCGAUGCACAUCUGGACUACAUUGCGUUCGCUGAUCUCGAGGGUCGUCACCGGCACGUUGUGCUGUCGGGUGCGCGCGUACCACACGUGUUCGCACUGUCCAUCUUCGAUGACCAUCUGUACUGGACGGAUUGGAACUUGAAGGCAAUCCUGCGGGCGAACAAAUUCACCGGUGCGAACUACACGGUGGUGCGCAACACCACGCAUCGCCCGUACGACGUCCACAUCAGUCACCCGCUGCGUCAGAUUAACUUCACGAACCCGUGCGGCACUACCAAUGGGGGCUGUUCGCAUCUCUGCCUGUUGGCGCCACCGCUCGAAUCGACCUACCUGAACGUGGAGGGUUAUCUGGAGGAGGGUGCACCCAGCUAUCGGUGCGGUUGUCCGAACCAGUUCUAUCUGGCGCGGGACCAAAAGACCUGCAUUGCCAACUGCACCAGUGGGCAGCAUCGUUGCGGUGGCGACGAUGAGAAGUGCAUACCGUGGUUCUGGAAGUGUGACGGCGAACCGGACUGCAAGGAUCGGUCGGAUGAACCGAAGAGUUGCCCGGCCCGUCACUGCCGGGCCGGCACGUUCCAGUGUGGCAACGGGAACUGUACGCCCUCGACAACGAUCUGCGACGGUACGGAUGACUGUGGGGAUGGUACGGACGAGCAGAACUGCGAUCUACCGUGUCCGGUGUCAGACUUUAAGUGCAAGUCCAGCGGACGUUGUAUACUGGACAGCUGGAAGUGUGAUGGUGAUGCGGACUGUAAGGACGGCAGUGAUGAGGAUCCGGAGAUAUGUCACAAGCGCGUGUGUGACCCGGAGACAGAGUUUAGCUGCAAGAACGGGCGCUGCAUUCCGAAGCUUUGGAUGUGUGACUUUGACAACGACUGUGGGGACGAUUCGGACGAACCGGCGUACAUGUGCCGGCAGCGUAACUGCACUACGGGCUGGUCCCGCUGUCCGGGUCAGUCCAACUAUCGCUGCAUACCGAAAUGGUUGUUCUGCGAUGGUAAGGAUGACUGUCGGGAUAAGAGCGAUGAGCUGCCGGAGAAUUGCCCACAGUGCAAUCUGGAGACCGACUUCAAGUGCAACAAUAAUCGUUGUAUUCCGAGACAAUGGAUGUGUGACUUUGCGGAUGAUUGCGGCGAUGGCAGUGACGAGAGCGAAGCCCAAUGCAAAGGUAAAUACCGCGAAUGUUCCGAGUCGGAGUUCCGCUGCGACAAUGGCAAGUGUAUCUCGAGUCGGUGGCGUUGCGACCACGAGGACGACUGCGGCGACAACUCGGACGAGUAUGGGUGCGAAGGCUUCCAAUGCAAGAACGGCACGUUCCAGUGUACGUCGGGUCACUGCAUUGCGGCAUACUUCCGGUGCGAUGGAGAUCGCGAUUGUCGGGAUAUGUCGGAUGAGAUUGGAUGUCCACCACGGUUCCCCGGCGGUCGCUACUGUCCGGAGUCACGCUUCCAGUGUGCGAACAAUCUGUGCGUGUUGCCGUCGGACUUGUGCGACGGUACGGACGAUUGUGGCGACAACUCGGACGAGGCGGCCUCCGUCUGCACCAACUUCAACUGUGACACGUUGCGCCGGUUCCAGUGUGCCAACCAUCGGUGCGUUGCCCGGUAUCAGAUCUGCGACGGUGUCGACAACUGUGGGGACGGUUCGGACGAGAACAAUAUGACGCUGUGUGCGGCAAGGCAGAAGCCGUGCGAUCUGUACACGCAGUACCAGUGCGCGAACAGGAAGUGUAUCGAUCGCGCCCAGAUCUGCGACUAUGCGGACGAUUGUGGUGACGGUUCGGACGAGCUGGGCUGCCACAGGACGGCCAGCUGUUCGGCACUGACGAAGGGUGGAUGUGAGCAUCACUGUGUGAACCUGACGGACGGUGGAUAUAUUUGCGCGUGUUACGCCGGUUUCAUUAUCGAUGCGGAGAACAAAAAGCGCUGCACGGACAUUGACGAAUGUGAGACGGGUACGCACGGGUGUUCGCAUCUCUGCACGAACCUGAACGGUACGUACGAGUGCAGCUGCCGCGAAGGUUUCCGACUGUCCGACCGCGUGUCGGGCGUGUGCAAGGCGGUGAAGAGCGAACCGUUGCUGGUGCUGUCCGGUGGACCGGAGAUCCGAGCGUACGAUACGGCCCAGAACCGGCAGUUUGAUGUGAUUGCGGGCGAAAAGCGCAUCGAGGCGCUCGACUACAAUCCCGAAUCGCAGAUGAUCUUCUGGACGGACAGCUACGACAAAACGAUCAAGCGUUCGUACAUGGUGAACGCCAUGAACGGUGAUGCGAAGAUAGGUUUCGCGCAGGACCUCAACAUGAAGGGUGGCACGAAACCGACCGCACUGGCCGUCGACUGGGUGGCGGACAAUCUGUACUGGGCGGAAACGGACCGUACCGGGUCGAAGCCUCGCGGUCGCAUUAUGGUAGCGAAAACCGAUGGCCGAUACAGGCGGGCCCUGGUGCAGGCCGGGCUAGAGGUACCAACGGCAAUAGCCGUCGACCCGCAGCUGGGACGCAUGUAUUGGGCGGAUGCCGGCACUGCGCCGAAGAUCGAGGUGUCCUGGAUGGAUGGUUCGAAGCGCCGGCCCAUCAUUACCGAAACGAUCCGACAUCCGGCCGGUUUGACCAUCGACUACUCGCAAGAUCACGCCGUCUAUUGGGUCGACACCAAGCUGAACACGAUCGAGGUGAUGAAGAAGGACGGUACGAUGCGUCGUACCGUGCUGAAGGGUGACUUGCUGAAGCAUCCCGUCUCGCUGGAUGUCUUCGAAUCGAACCUGUACUGGGUGACUCGCGACACUGGGGAGCUGCUGCGGCAGGACAAGUUUGGACGAGGCGUCCAAGUGACGGUUCAGCGCAACCUGGCCAAUCCGUCCAGCAUCAAGGUCUAUCAUGAGUUGCGUUACAACACCACGCUAAACAAUCCGUGCUACAGGAACCCUUGCUCACACUUGUGCUUGCUGGUCCCUGGUGGACGUCGCUGUUCCUGCCCGGACAAUACCGUCCCGACAUCACACCGCAGCACAGCAGAAGUUAUUUGCGAUGCGCCUGCUGAACGACCACGACCAGCACCGCGUGUUUGUCCGUGCCAGAACGGAGGGUUCUGUAAGGAGGCUGACCCUGGACAGGGUGCGGUGACCGGUGAGCUGGUGUGCGUCUGCCUGCCAGAGUUAUCCGGCAUCCACUGCGAGGUGUACAGUGAGAAGAUUCUCGGUGCCGCCGGUAGCAGCACGACCGCCAUCUUUGUGCCGCUGUUGAUCGUACUGCUGAUAGCCAUUGCCAUCGGGCUGUUCGUCAUUGUAAAGAAGCGACCAUUUGGCAAACCGAGCCUCAGCUCGUCGCAAAGCGUUUCGUUCCGUCCCGGCACGAACGUUGAGUUCAAUUCGUCCGAGUUCCCAUCCGCCCAACGGCUGCCCGGUGCACCGGGUGGACUCGGUGGUACCGCAACCGGUACAACCACCGGCACCACCAUCACACCGCUCGAUGGCUACAGUCUCGAUACGCUCAACAACAAAAACACCGACUUCAGCAAUCCGAUGUACGACGCCGUCCAGGCCGGAUCCGAUCCGAUGCCAGCAAGCAACAUGCCCUCCGACAUCUACGAAGUGCCGUCAGAUGUGGGCAAGCUGAACGGCCGAAAGGAAGGUUCAUCCAUUUCUAGCGGGCCCUUCACUGAACCCGUCUCGGCCAUACUGGCCCCGAGUAGCAUCACCCACAAAACCUCACCCCAGCUGAAUCUACGUCCCAAGGAGCUGAACCCUUCGAUGCACGAUACGGGCAAGGAUACGCAGCUGCUGGUCGAGGAAGAUAAAUCGGAAUGCUAGGACAG